AUGACUGUCAUAAAAACCGAGCCUUCAACCGAGGUUGCGUUGUAUUCCCCAACAGCAAAUGAAUCUUUGAAUAAAAAUGAAACCGUAAAAAAGAGAGAAAACAAUAAACAAUCUCCUUCUUCCAAUAUAAAUAGCCGCUCAAGUAUAACGAAGCAUAAAGUUGCUGCCAAGGCGCCGGAAAAAAAGUCAAAGGAUUCAGAAAAGCAAGAUCUUUCUGCUUUUUUGUUAAAUCCUUCGCUGAUUGUAAAACCUUCAGAGGGGAAAAGAAAAGAAAAUGCUGUGGCAGUUAGCGACACACCAAAUGUUAAGACCGAGCCCACAGGAUUUCAGUUGCUGACCCCAAUUUCAAAGAAAAGGGCUUUAAAAGAAAAACCAACAUCUGGUAAAUACGAUAAUAUUGAUUUUUCGAAGGAGGAGAGAGCUUACAACCAAAAAAAGCCAAAAAUACUUUCUCCUGCUACAGAGACUUCCCCCUCUGAAUAUAAGUUCUCGUCAAUUGUAGAAAAUGUAUCAUCUCCGGCUAAACAAAAAUCACAGGAACUAACUGAAAAUCCUGGUGAGUACCAGAAAAUACAAAACUAUCUGUUCGACAAACCAAAUCUUUUAGAUACGUGUCUCCAAGACUACUCUAGUAUGUUACCUGCUGACAUAGCAGAGGAGGAUCAAGAAUUUUUUAUUAGUGUAGCCGAUUCGACAUUGGAAGAGUGGACAAACAAGGGCCAGGAAAUCCUUGAUCAGCAAUUCCAACUCUACCAAGAAAUAAUAAAGAAACGAAUAGAAUUGAGCUACAAAUUCAAAGGGAUUAUAUCAGUCAUCAAUGAUAGGGCAGACGCCUUGGAGGAACAAGGCCAGCAAUUAGAGGGAAAAAUCAAGAAAGUCAAGAGUUUAGCCAAUGAAAUUCUCGACAUUAUAUAA